AUGGCCUCUGACUCUCUGACCAAGUUGCUACCUAAGGACUUCAUAUGGGGAUUUGCUACGGGCAAUUUUCAAAUAGAAGGUUCAACUGAUGUUGACGGACGCGGAAAGUCGUUCUGGGACGACUUCUCUCGUACUCCCGGAAAAACACUGGAUGGUCGCAACGGUGAUGUCGCUACCGAUUCGUACAAGCUAUGGAAAGAAGACGUGGAACUACUCGCGCAAUAUGGUGUUAAAUCAUAUCGUUUCUCUAUCGCCUGGUCCCGUAUCAUCCCGCUUGGAGGUAGAGAUGACCCAGUAAACCCGAAAGGAAUUGAAUUUUACUCGAAAUUAAUUGACGCAUUACUGGAGAAGAAUAUCAUUCCAUUCGUCACACUCUAUCAUUGGGACUUGCCUCAAUCUCUUCACGAGAGAUACGGAGGAUGGCUUAACAAGGAGGAAAUUGUCAAAGAUUAUACUCGCUAUGCAAAGGUCUGCUUUGAAGCAUUUGGGGACCGUGUUAAAUACUGGCUUACCAUGAACGAACCGUGGUGUAUCUCUAUUUUGGGCUACGGACGUGGUGUUUUCGCACCUGGGAGAUCAAGUGACCGAGCUCGUUCCCCAGAAGGAGACUCAUCCACAGAGCCUUGGAUCGUGGGUCGCAACGUUAUACUAUCGCAUGCUAGUGCCGUCAAAGCGUACCGAGAAAUUUUCAAGCCCGCUCAAAAAGGCCAAAUAGGUAUCACAUUGAACGGAGACUGGCAGAUGCCAUACGAUGAUAGUCCCGAAAAUGUUGCGGCAGCACAACAUGCUCUGGAUGUAGCCAUAGAGGGCGGUAUGCAGGAUCCUAUAUAUCUCGGUCAUUAUCCUCCAUACAUGCGUGAGAUGCUGGGAUCACGACUCCCAGAAUUCUCUGAACAAGAAAUCGAACUUGUCAAAGGGUCUUCGGACUUCUAUGGCAUGAACACGUACACUACCAACUUGUGCCGUGCUGGUGGCGAUGAUGAGUUCCAAGGUUUAGUAGACUACACCUUUACUCGUCCAGAUGGAACACAACUUGGCAAACAAGCACAUUGUGCCUGGCUCCAAGAUUAUCCCGAGGGAUUUAGAUCGCUCCUCAAUUACCUUUGGAAUCGGUACCAUUUGCCCAUUUACGUCACAGAGAACGGUUUUGCAGUGAAGGAUGAGGAUACCAUGCCUCUUGAACAAGCUCUCAAUGACACUGACCGUGUCCAUUAUUUCGAAGGUACUACGCGCGUCCUUUUACAAGCAACACAUGAGGAUGGUGUUGACGUUAAGGCGUACUUCCCGUGGAGUAAGAUUCGAUCUUUACAGGGGGCUGACGGUUAUGUAACUCGCUUUGGCCUUACAUAUGUCGACUAUGAUACCCAGAAACGGUAUCCCAAACAAUCUGCUCGUUUCCUUACAAAGGUCUUGAUUUUCAUAACCUACGUCGAGGUGCUAGAUUAA